CCCCUUUUUUCUUACGAAUUCCUGUCGCUUCAGCCUGGUUCUUCACUCUUCCGUGAACUGGAAGCUCAUCGGAUCGCCUACUUCUUCUCUGCAAUCUCUUACAGGCGGCUAUGAAUUCGUCGCCUGAGGAUCGCCGGAGUGCUCGGGUGGGAUUAGCUUACGACGAGAGAAUGUGUCUGCACGCCACACCCGAUGGGGAGAGCCAUCCGGAAAACCCCGAGCGGAUUAGGGCCAUAUGGAGGAAGCUGGAGGCGGAAGGCAUUCCUGACAGGUGCAUAUUGCUUAAAAUCAAGGAAGCUGAGGAUGCAAUUAUAGCAUCUGUGCAUACGAGGAAUCACAUAAAGCUGAUAAGAAAUAUUAGCUCUAAGAAGUUCGAUUCUCGACGUCUGAUGAUUGCUUCGAAGUUGAAUUCUAUUUAUUUUAACGAGGGUUCUUCUAAGGCAGCCUAUCUUGCUGCAGGAACCGUUAUUGAGGCUACAGAGAAUGUUGCGAAUGGGAAUCUGGAUUCUGCCAUUGCUGUUGUUAGGCCUCCUGGUCAUCAUGCAGAAGCUAAUGAAGCUAUGGGUUUUUGCCUCUUCAACAAUGUGGCAAUUGCAGCAUCCUAUCUCUUGAAUGAGAGAGCAGAAUUAAGUAUGAGAAGGAUAUUGAUUGUGGACUGGGAUGUUCAUCAUGGCAAUGGUACUCAAAAUAUGUUCUAUAGUGAUCCUCGGGUACUUUAUUUCUCAGUACAUAGGUUUGAUUUUGGAAGUUUCUAUCCAGCUGGCAGUGAUGGUUCUCACUGUAUGAUUGGAGAAGAUCAGGGUGUAGGGUACAACAUAAAUGUACCUUGGGAACACGGUCAAUGUGGCGAUGCAGACUAUCUUGCUGUUUGGGACCAUAUUUUGAUUCCUGUAGCCGAGGCAUACAAUCCAGACAUAAUCUUAAUCUCUGCUGGAUUUGAUGCAGCUAUGGGUGAUCCACUUGGUGGGUGCUGUGUCACUCCAUAUGGUUAUUCAGUUAUGCUCAAAAGGCUGAUGAAAUUUGCUGAUGGAAAGAUUGUCUUGGCCCUUGAAGGAGGUUACAAUCUCAACUCUCUAGCUAAUUCAGUUUUUGCUUGUGCAAAAACUUUACUAGAAGGGAGUCCUAUUGUUGGAAAUUUUGAGGGCAGGCCUUUUGAAUCCACAUGGCGUGUAAUCAAUGAGGUUCGUAAUGAACUGAAGACUUACUGGCCAGUAUUCUCUAUUGAUCUGCCUGAAGAGAUUCUAAUUGCCAAUGUCGAACGUUACCCAAUUCAGGCAGGGAUCAACUCUAGCUCUGAUUCUGAUGUGGAAAAGGACCUAGAACCUUCCAACGCUAUAAACUUCUCCUCCAACAAUGAUGUUGGGGAUUUGAUAUUACCUCUUUCAAAAUUAAACGUUGAUGACGGAGAUUCUGGAGAAUUGUCCCAUUUAAGAUCUCAGCAAAACCAACCGGGCACAUCGGAAGCAUACGAAAACUCAAAGGAGGUAACAACUGAGACAUGCAAUGAUUUGUUUCAUUGGAGAUCAUCUUUGUCAAAGGUUGACGUUUGGUAUGGCUCCUAUGGCUCAAAUAUGUGGAAACCAAGGUUUCUCUGCUACAUUGAAGGUGGAAAGGUGGAAGGUAUGACAAAGCCAUGUCGGGGAGCUCUGGACAAAACUCCACCAAAAGAUAUCAUUUGGAAGUCUGUACCUCAUCGGUUAUUCUUUGCAAGAUCUUAUUCCAACACAUGGGGCCAUGGAGGUGUUGCUUUUCUUAAUCCUCAAAGCAAUAUAAAUGAUAAAAGUUAUAUGUGCAUUUAUAGAAUAACCCUUGAGCAGUUCAAUGAUUUACUGAUCCAAGAGAAUGCCGCCACUGAACAGUUUGAAUCACCUUUGGUGGAUUCUCGUGAUAUAGAGUUUCUAGUAAAAAACAGUUUCAUGUCUGUGGAAUCUAUCAAGGGUGGAUGGUACUCCAAUAUCCUUUAUUUGGGAGAGCAGGAUGGCAUUCCAAUUUUAACCAUGACGUGUUCACUAUCAGAUGUUGAGAAAUUUAAAUCUGGUGAGCUACCGGUUUGUGCUCCACCAAAAGCCUAUGAGAAUACUCUGUUGAAAGGAUUAUUAGAAGGUACAGAACUCUCGUCUGAGGAAGCCAUCGGUUAUGUUAAGGACGCUGUUGCUAGAAAUUUGUGACUUCCUCAACAAUGAACAAGUUAUAUUGUGGCUGUUUGGAUUUUGGAUGGCAGAAAUUCGAGUGGAAGAAAAUGAAAACAAAUGAUGAUGCAAAUUUUUAAUCAACAGUUAAAUGAUUGGAAUUUGAUUUCUUUUUCCUAAGCUUUCCUACAACUCCAAAAAGAAAAAAAAAUUGUAGAUCUGUAAUAUAUUUGAUUGAUAGAGUAAUGUAGGUAUGUAGUAUUAAGGUGUGUGCUUUGGAUGAUGUUCACAUUUGUGAUGUAAUGGUUAUACAGAGCUGCUUUGUUUUAGUGAUCUGUAAGCA